AUGUCUGUCACGGCGAUUGCUUCAUUCAGGCCCUUGCCAAGGAGGUGUCUUCUGCAUACCAGGACGGGGUUAUUAUCGGUGCAAGUCGAGUCACGAUCCGCGAGCUUGAGCCUCCGAGCCGUGGUGAAGUUGCAGCCGCAUCAGACGAGAUAUCAGUCGAGCGCGUCAGGAAACAAAAAUGAGCCGCCCAAGCAAGAGAAGCCAGAUAAACCGCAGACAUCUUUUCGGCAAUUUAUCGGGCGUGCGCUGGGAGCUAGUCUGCGCAAUUUGGCUGUCGCAUUGAGCCCUCGUGGAAUUCGAACCGCGUACAAGGAUUCGCCUGUUGUGACGAGCAUGAAUAUCAUUCUGUACAUACUUCUAAUCCCCCAAUUGCCAUUCACGCGGCUGUACGAUGUGCUGAUUCCUCUUUCUAGGCUCGCAUUCACUCUUGCCAUAUCCGUCAUCGCCAUCCGCUCCUACAUUCUCAGUUUCUACAACUCCGAAUUCAGCCGGUACCCUGAACCUGUGGCAAACACCUUGCGACGGGCUAUUUACUACACCAACUACAAGCCCGACCCGGAGAUGGCGCUGAAAUAUUACAAAAAGGCCAUGGAGCAAGUGAAAGAGGUUGGGCUAGACCCCUUCUCAGACGAAGUGCUCGGCAUUCGCAUCCAGGUGUCGUUUUGGCUGCAAAAGAUUAAUAACUACAAGGGAUCUGUUGAUGUGCUGGAGUCCGUGUUGCAGGAUUGCAAGAAGUGGGUUGGUGUGAUGGAGCAAUCCGUCGCUGACGGCAAAGUGAAUGAAGCUGGCAGAUACGUGACCGGACCUACAGGAACCCAACCUGCCGGCAGUGAAACGGUCACUGUCGCUCCUCCUAAAGACAGCUCCGCCAAGGCGUCCGAUACGACGACGAAGAACGGUGAGCCCGAGCCCGAGGUCGAGACCGAAACACUCUGGCGGAAGAGACAGCGACUGCUAGCCAAAGCCAUCGGCACGGCAGUCAAGCUAGGCGAGAUGUACGCCGACGAACACGUCCUCGAGCCCGACAAAUCACACGACCACCUAGUAUGGGCUGUAGAGACAUCCCUUAAGGAGUUCAGCCGCCGAAAAGUUGAUGGCAUCAAGCCCGGCGAGCAGGACUGGCUCUCGCCCCCGGAACUCGGCGGCAUGAUGGAAUCCCUGGGCCGAGACUACGAGCGCCGGUCUCAAUUCCAACUCGCCGUCCCCUUGUUCUUCCAGGCCCUCAAGCUCUGCGAGAGCCCGUGUCACAGGGCCGUCAUCAUGAACAACCUAGCCGCAUGCUUCGCCCAGCACCCCAUCUUCUCUCCCAACGCGGUAGAGGUCUCCGUGGCCAUUCAGCAAAUCCCCGACCAAGCCGCGCUCCCGCAGACACGCAAGGAGUGCCUCGAGGCGGGGCUGAACUGGGCCCAGAAUGCCUACGUCCACGGGAAGGAUGUCAAGGGCGACGACAGGACGGCCGAGUGCGACGAGGCAUGUGCCGUGGCUCUGUGCAACUGGGGUGACGUGGCUGCUAUGCUCGGGCAGAAGGAACUCGCACGACAGAAGUAUAGGCAGUGUAUAGAGAUGAGUCAGGAGAUGGAAUUUGCCGACGGUCUUAGGCAGGCCCAGGAGGGACUCACCAGAUUGACGACCACGCCUGGCAGCAAGGUGUGA